AUGAAUUCCUGCGGAGCAAUCUAUGGAUCUGCGGAGUUUACUGAUGAUUGCGUCUUCAAUGAAUCUAUGGAACAGCAUCAUUAUAACACAUACUCAUCAACAUAUCAUUCUAAUGCUAAACGUAAACUUUACCUUGGUCUGAAUCGCCAUGGACAGCCACGAAAAAUUCAACUCCCAGCUACCCGUCCGCUUGGAAAACUUUCAAUUUACACAAAAACUUUAACAAAAACAGUUGCUCAAGCACAAGUAGAAGCUUUGAUCGCUCGUCUAUUUGGACCAAAUCGUGUGAAACAUGGACUGAAACAGUUAUGCGACACGGGUAAUGUUCUCCAAAAUAUUAUUGCGAAAGGAUUAAAAGCAAAACCAAAAUGCAAUAGCUCAGUAAAACCAAAUAGAAAGAAAAAGAGAAAACGUAAAUGUCGAAUUGACGAACCUGAAGGGGUUGAAUGCUUAAAAGAAACAAGUUCCAGUAUAAGCCAAUAUCAUAACAAUACAAAACCCAACAAUAGUAUUAAUAUUUUUAAUAAUAAAAGAAAAUCAACAAGUGGAAAUCAAAAUCAACAUCAAAGAAAAUGUAUAACGAACGAUGACUGUGGUUCUCAAAAGGGAAAUAGGAAGAAGCCUCCGUUUAUCAAGAAGAAUAAUCAAAUAAAAUUCAGUUCAAGUAGUAAUAGUAAUAGCAAUCACAAGCCAAAAUCAAGAAAGAAACUAACCAAAACUUCAACAAAAUCAACAACGACAACUUCAACACCUGACGACAUCGAUCAGGAUGUUGAUAAAGAUGAAGCAUUUACAUCUGACGAGCUUGAGGAUGAAGAUUAUGAUGAUGUGAAUUUAUCUGCAGCUGGCCACUCAAUUAACCUUAUUGAUGAUCAUAUGAUUGAUGAUUACAACAACUAG